CGUUCGAUUUGGCGAAGUUAGCUCGGCUUGUCGCUGGAAGGCUGUGCCUGAGGAUUGGCUGUUGUAGGGGCUCCGAGCACUUUCUCGGAGGAACUGUGGCUGCGAUCCAGGUGGCCAGGCCAGGCUCCCGGCUGCGUUCCGCCCGCUUCGGGCAGCCAAGGCAACCAGAGUACCGGUGAUGGGGACUCCGGCCUCUGUAGUGAGCGAGCCACCCCUGUGGCAGGUCUCAACACCUCAGACCCGGGGCCGCAAGCAGGCCUCUGCCAACAUCUUCCAGGAUGCUGAGCUGGUCCAGAUCCAGGGCCUGUUCCAGCGCAGCGGGGACCAGCUGGCUGAAGAGCGGGCCCAGAUCAUCUGGGAAUGUGCAGGGGAUCACCGUGUAGCUGAGGCGCUGAGGAGGCUGCGCAGGAAAAGGCCACCGAGACAGAACCAUUGCAGCCGGCUCAGAGUGCCGGAGCCUGCCGACCCACAGGCCAGCAGCACCACUGACACUGCCUCCAGCGAGCAGUCUGGGAACUCCCGGAGAACAAGUAGUAGAGCCCACCGGAACUGGAAUAAGCCAGGCCCCACAGGCUACCUCCACCAGAUCAGACACUGACCUGUGAAGGGUGGGGAGGUCCUCCCCAAACAUUGCAGGGACUUUCGCCAAAGGGCUUAUGGAGUUGUAUAAAGGACAUCUGAGCAGGCCCUGUCUAGGGGAAGAAAGUGGUAAUCAGAAUGCCCUCAGGUCAGCUCAGAGCCAGCAUCUGCUGGACUCUGUGCUUGGGGGGGCCUGUUCUUACCAAGUGAGGCAAUACAGAGGUUGGUCGUGCAUCAGCCUUUCUGACCUAACAGUGUAACUGGGCUGCAUGGCAUUCCCCUGGAAUAAAAGUAAUAGGUACUUAGAUGCAGCGUCUCACCAUAUUCCACUAGCUGACAGACAGUUAAUACCACCACCCAGCAGCCAGCCUUCUCAGUCUUGUGCCACAGGCCAGUGCAAAGGGGAAACUUGAUUAAGUGGAAAAUAAAGACAUUUGCAUCAA